AUGGAGGCGGCGCGGAGCUGUAACGGGUACGCGCGGCAGGAGAGGCCGCCGCCCUCCGCCUCCCCGUCGGCGGGCGCCGAGAAGCCGCGCGUCCCCCCCGGCGGCGGCGGCGGCAGUAGCGGGGAUGGCUGGCGGGGCGAGCGGCCCCGCAGCGAGGAGGACAACGAGCUGAGCCUGCCCAGCCUGGCGGCCGCCUACACCACCAUCCUGCGCUCGCUGGGCGAGGACCCCGAGCGGCAGGGGCUGCUGAAGACGCCCUGGAGGGCAGCCACCGCCAUGCAGUUCUUCACCAAGGGCUACCAGGAGACCAUCUCGGAUGUUCUGAAUGACGCCAUCUUUGAUGAAGAUCAUGAUGAGAUGGUAAUUGUGAAGGACAUAGACAUGUUCUCAUUGUGUGAGCAUCACCUCGUUCCAUUUGUUGGAAAGGUACAUAUUGGCUAUCUUCCUAACAAACAAGUACUUGGCCUCAGCAAGCUUGCUAGGAUCGUGGAAAUAUACAGUAGAAGAUUACAAGUCCAGGAACGCCUUACCAAACAAAUUGCAAUAGCCAUCACAGAAGCCUUACAGCCCGCUGGAGUUGGAGUGGUUAUUGAAGCUACGCAUAUGUGUAUGGUAAUGCGUGGGGUACAGAAAAUGAACAGUAAAACAGUAACCAGCACAAUGUUGGGUGUAUUCCGGGAAGAUCCAAAGACCCGUGAAGAAUUCUUGACGCUCAUCAGGAGCUGAAACUGUGUUAUUCUCUAAAUGCACUCUGGAGAUUGUUCUGUCCAGUGUCCCUGUCUGUUCUUAUUUGUUCCUACAUCUCACUUUUAAACUAAAUCGUUGUGAAUUGUUGUCAUAGUCUUUGUGCAGUAAAAGACUUCUGAUGGCAAAUGAAAAAUGUAACGAUGAGGUAGGCUCCUGCUGGAUUUCCAAUGAUGCUGAUGUCACAGAAUUACGAGCGACGAAUAGGGUUUUGGAAAUGUUUUUCCAUCCACAAUGCAGAAUAUACUGUUGUUAGGAGAAAAGUGGGGCUUGGGAGUGAAAUGAAUAUUUAUGAAAUAGUUGCGUUUAUUAGAAUAAAUAUGGAGCAGCACAGGAAACAAUAGAAAGGCUGUGGAUCCUUGUAGGACCACUUACGCUGCAAAUACUGAACCUCUGCUGAAAAGGAUGGUCCUGAAUUAUCUCUGACUAUAUUUUAUUACAAGUCCUGCAGUGGCUGUUUCAAUAUCUGGAUAUGUAUGUUAUACCUCUUUGAGAUGUUACCUCUGGUGGUGUUUUAUAUUCUUGCCAGUAUUAACCCUCCUUUUUUGUGUGGUUUUUUUGUUUGUUUGUUUGAGAAAUUUAAAACACGUUUUUCAUAGCCUCUUAAUAUGCAGGGAAUUAACUUCUAAAUUAUUUGGGGCACAGUCUUAUCUCAAUAUAAAGGGUUUUAUGCACCUUUUUCUCUGUGCCUCAGAAUGUCUGACCACUUUAACUGUCAGUUUCUUACUAUUUUUAAGCAAACUUCAACAGAGGGGAGGAAAAAACUCCCAGAGUCUGUCUGCAAAGUGCUAAGAUAUCCAAAGAGGUUUUUAAUGAUGUUCAUAUCUUGAGCUUUCCUUCUUGGUUUUCCAUGGGUUAGACUGAGAAGCUAAACCUAGUCUGAUAAUCUGAAAAUGAAGAUUUCUUUUCAAGUAUUUCAAGAUUUGCAUCUCAUAAGCGUUGGACCAAAGGUGAGCACUGAAACCCUGAACACAGCACAUUGUACCUCUCCUGCCUGACGGCAGGUCAUUUCAGGGCAAAGUAACCUGAAAUGACAACAACUUAUUUCGUAAGAGCAAUUGAGAAAAGCAUUUCCAGGGCCAUAAAAAAUGAAUUAAACCACAUUUUUUCUGUGUAUGUGGCAACCUCUGUAUGUGGCAGUGUUGGUACAAAAAGUUUCAGUCAGCUGGACUUGGCUGAACUUCUUAUACUUUGUUACAAUUUUAAUGGGUGUUUUGUAACUCUUAAUUGGGAAAACAUGAGGCGCAAAUGAAAACCACCCUUCUCAAACUAAGCACAGGAGGCAAAACUUAAAAAAUAAAAUGUCAGCCAGGGUGUCAGAUGCCCACAGCGCAGGUUCCCAUAGUCCUAUUGGCUUUGCUGAAUACGAAUCCAAGACGUUCUGUACGCUAACCUAAAAGGCAGUUCCUGGCCUGGCAAGCUCGAUCUUACCAACAUUCCUGUCUCUUGCUUCAACCCGGGUUGGAAACGAAAUGGAAAUCAUGUCCGGUCAAAUUUCCAUUGGGCCUAAAGAACUUUCAAGAACAACAACCUCAUGUGUUUAAUUACACUAAUUUUACCUUGAUGCCCUUCACAGCGUUAUUGGGAAAAUCUUUUGUAAUAUCCUCUGUCCUGGAUUCUGUAGAGUUAGGUGCUAUAAAAGUGUUUGUCUGCUAGCGUAAACAAGCUGUGUGUUGCACACUUAUAAAAGACACUAACUCUAUGGCAUUUGUUUUCCUUAAGUGAUUGAGAGCAGAUAUUGCCACUUUUCAGUUCAGUAUGUGUUUCAAAUAUCCAGCUGAAAAGCCUUAAAUCUUUCUUGCCUGAAGUUCCGCGUAAAACUCUUUCUCUUUUUAGCUCAACAACUGGAAGGAGAAUUUGAGGACCAAAAGGGCACACACUAGUACAUUUGUUUCUCUUUGCUUGCUUUAGUUUGGAAAUUAAGUCUCUGUAAAACACUGUCUUGCUCCCUGAGAUAAUGAAAAGGUUGCGUUUUAACCACUUAUCUCUAUUCAGGAUAAAGUUCGCAUUGCACCACCACUGUUUUUUAUUUCCAUGUGACCUGUAGUCCUUAAAACAUACCUCUCUCUACUUGUGGCCUUGGAUUUUGUUCACAUUUUUGUUGUUGUAAGACUUGGUGCGUUUUUUGGAGCAUUAGUAUUGUUCAAAUACACAAGCUUUAACUACAACCAGUGUGUAUAUAUGUAUAGUACAUACAGCCUGCUGUUGUACCACGUAAAAGUCCAUUGUCUUUAAAACAUUAAAGCACAGUAUUAUCCUUUG